AUGCUUGCAUCCGCCAGCAGGUUCGCAACAAAUGUACUUAUUUUCAAUGCUAGCCCUAGAGCAUAUGGAAAUACUUAUAAACUUUUAGAACAAGUCAAGAAGGGUGUUGAAUCAAAGGGUAAAACAGCCGAAUUAGUCCAGCUUUCCCAAUUAAAGUUUGACGGUUGCAUUGCCUGCCUUGAAUGCAAACUCAAGGGUAAAGAAUCAAAACCAGGUUGCGUUGUCCAAGAUGACUUCACACAGUACAUUGACAGAAUAAAGGAUGUUGAUGCUUUCGUUCUUGGAUCUCCAGUUUAUUGGAGCAACUUGUCAUCUCUUUAUUAUAAGGCAUAUGAAAAAAUCAUGUACUCUUUCCACAAUUACGAUAAUGAUAAGCCAUACAAGAUGACUCGCCCAAUUAAGACAGGACUUAUCUUCUCAGGAGGUGCUCCAAAGGAUUACUUUGAUAACGGCUACAAGGCUAUGUGCAAGCAACAAUCAGAUAUCCUUAAGUUUAUCUUCAAAGGCCAUUCUGAGUACAUGACCAUGCCCUCACAGCUCCUCCUUCCAGAUACAUCAAGACUCCACAUUCCAUCUGAGCGCAUCGAAGAGAAGAAGACAUUUAACGCAGAACACCUUGAAGAGCUCAAGCAAAACGCCUUUGAAAUGGGUGUCAGACUUGCUUCCGAAUAA